AUGGCAACCUCUAAAAACAAGAAGGCUACCUCUAAGGCCGAAAAAAUGAAUUUUUUCGGCCACAAAUCCUCCUCUGCGGCGGACCCGCCACGAGCAGCCGGACAAGAGGGCGCAGACGAUACUGCUCCCAGUCCCUCCCCAGCGCCAUCGGAGGAUUCUAUGCCCGUGGAAUGCCUGACACGGAGCCACUUCGAACAGGCAAUGGAGACAAUGGCAGAAAAACUUAUCACCACCUGGCAAACGACCGCCGACCAAAUUAAGAGGGAGGUGAGAGAUCUCUCAGCGAGAACAACUACCAUGGAACAACGCCAUCAGGAGAUGAAGACUGUGCAAACCGCCACUUCAGAGCAAUUACAGGCGAUACAACACAAGCUGGCAGCCAUGGAAGAACGCAUGGCGGACCAUGAAGACCGUGCGCGAAGGAACAAUCUGCAACUCCACGGAGUCCCAGAGACAGUUCUACCAGACGACCUGCAAGCCUAUGCAAGAGGCCUAAUGAGAGCCUACGCUCCUGACAUUCCCGCGGACAUGCUCCUGGUGGACAGGAUACAUAGGGUGUCAAAACCCAAAAACCUGCCAGAUUCCAUACCACGCGACGUAUUGCUUAGGGCCCACUACUUUCACAUCAAGGAGCUGGUCCUACGCUCUCACCGAAACAGAAGGGACCCCCAUGACGACUUCCCAUCGGUGCGCAUCAUGGCGGACCUCUCGCCAGCUACACUCCGCCGCAGAAGGGACUACACCCAGACCACCACGGCACUCCGCGACCAUGGGAUCCGAUAUCGGUGGGGGUUUCCCACGAAAUUGAUCCUCACCAAAGGCGGGAAGACGUCCAUCAUAUCAUCCCCAGAAGACGGACUACAGCUUAUUGAGAAAUGGGGCCUACUGAAAGAACCACCAGGAGAACCGCGACAUGAUAAACGCCGCCCAGGCCGCAAUGCAGCCAUGGACUGA